AUGUUCGACUCGCCGCAACACUGGCUGCAGAGGAUCAUGAUACUUUACACUAAUUGUUAUUCAGCAUUAUUUUGUACGAGUAUAUUGAUUUUUUGUUUUAGAGAUCCUGAGGCAGCAACGCAUUUGAGUUAUCCAACUAUUAAAAGUACUUUGAAUAGAAAGCGAACUGCAUAUAAGCCACCCGUACCAAAUUCUUUUGCAUCUCUCAGUUUGGAACUUGAAAAGUACGAAGCAUGCAAAGAUAUUUACAAGGGAAAUGUAAUCGCAGAAGACGGUAGCAUGGCGCUUUUAUUUUCAAGCGAUGAAUUGCUCAAUGCACUAAACGAAAGUGCAGAAUUAUUUGUUGAUGGGACAUUUUCGGUAAUUGUUGUUCCUCGGAAACCGAACAUAGUACAGUUAUAUACCAUUCACAUUCGUUAUAUGAAUACGGGAAUUGCAACAGUAUUUGUUUUAUGUGAAUCGCGAACUAAAAUUCUUUACCGGGCAAUUUGGGAAAAAGUAAUUGAGCUUGCUCCGGCGCUACAGAACAAUAUAAGAUUUAUUAUGGUAGAUUACGAAAAAGCAGCGAUAGCUACAUUACACGAAUUCUUUCCUGUAGCUGCAAUACAUGGAUGUUGGUUCCAUUUCAAUCAGGUAUACUAGAAAUAGAUGUAACUUAAAUCUAUUUUCUUAUAUUUUACAUUUUAAAUAUUAAAAUAUUGAG